AUGAGUGUUUUUAAAGUUAAGGAGAAACGAUUGACCUACCAGCGUCAAGAGAAGAGGACCUCUCUACAUUGUUGUGUGCCUCUGUGUGCUAAUUCUUCAAGGUACAACUCGGAGAUUAGCUUUCACCGAUUUCCAGCGGAUCCAGAAGUCCGAGCUCAGUGGCUAAUAAAGAUCCGCAGGGAAAACUUCAGUCCUGUUGCUUGUACUCGCGUUUGUAGCAGGCAUUUCAAAACGGGUGAUUUCGCUGUGACAGCGGGGGGAAAGAGAAAGCUCAACAGAGGAGCGGUGCCUUGUCUUUUUGCCUGGAACAGUUUUAGUAUACCCGCGCCGAGGCUUAACGUGUGGAAACGCCGGCCGAGAUGCCCUUCCCCGGCCAUAGCAGCGCCUGACUCCGACUCGGAGAUGGACGUGCAGUUAGCGCAAGAUCAUGAUUACUGCGUUACUCCAACGACAUCAGCAGUGACAGAUGCUUUAUCAGACGAGAACGAGGCUCUAAGGAGAAGAGUACAAGAACUUGAACACCGUCUUGAAACCUUACAGCUGCAGAGCCAUUUUGGGCUUCAUCGUCUUGCAGGAUCAGACGAAGACAUUCGUUUUUACACAAGGUUGGUCCAUGUUUUUUUUUAA